AUCCCCCCCUCAAACAUUCACAUCAAACACUCUCCUGCAUAUAUCUUUCACCUUCAACAUCCCCCAAUUCCUCUCAUCAAACCAAUCAAUGGCUUCCAAAUCAUCAAUCAAACUCUCUCUCAGUCUCCUCUUCGUUUGCUCUCUCUUCCUCCCAGGAACACUAGCCGAGGUGGUGUGCGAGGAUUUGCCUGAGAAUCUGUGUGCCUUUGCGAUCGCCGCCUCCGGGAAAAGGUGCGUGCUGGAGAACUAUAAGAGUGAGGAAGGAAGCGUUGAUUACACAUGUAAGACAUCGGAAGUUGUGGUGGAGAGAUUGGCUGGUUAUGUGGAGACUGAUGAGUGCGUGAAUGCAUGUGGUGUUGACCGUAACUUUGUCGGAAUAUCCUCCGAUGCCUUCCUGACACCUGAAUUCAUCUCAAGCCUUUGCUCGCCUGCUUGCUACCGUAAUUGCCCCAACAUUGUUGACCUUUAUUUCAAUCUUGCUGCUGGUGAAGGAGUAUUUUUGCCAGCACUGUGCGAGAAGCAGAAGACCAGCCCCCAUCGUGCGAUGUUGGAGCUUCUGAGCAGCAGUGGUGGCGCCGCCGCCUCUGCGGCGGUGGAUGAGGCCAUUGUUGGAUCUCCGGCUCCUGCUCCCGCUCCUUCUGCGAUUUAAUCCAUGUCAAAAAUUUACAUGUGGAGUUUUGGGCUUAUAAUUCAUUAAAUUAUUGUAAAGAAAAGAGGAAUAUUAAUUAAUGGGCAGAGUGGGUAUAUAUUGAUUGAUGAGAAAAAGGGAAUUUUCUCAGUUGGGUUGUUUGGGAUUGGGCUACCUUCUUUUUUCUUUUACCAGUUUUCGUGUGAUAUUAUUCAAUGUUUAAUAUUUGAAUUUAAUAAAUAUUAUUAUCUUUUUACCAUU